AGUAAUUAACAACAAUGUUUAGGAUGUAGACCUACCGCAAACCAAGGAUGUCGCAUUGAUAAAGAUUAACAUGUUUUACUUUACUUAAAACAACGUCGACCUCCAUAUAUUCCAACGAGGCGCUGUCGCCCUCUACCGUUCGACAAAUCCCAUGAAGCUCGUGUAGCGUUCCUGUCCAUAAACAGAGGUUUGAGGAUUCUCAGUCUGACUGAGAAGUUUCAGAUGGCAACCGAGAUUGAAUUCUUUGCUGGUAUUCCGAAGAUUCCAUAUGUUCCGAAAGCAGGGCCACGAGACGUCUUGUGCUUCAAGCACUACAGUGCAGAAGAGGUGCUGCUGGGAAGGAAGAUGGAGGACUGGCUGAGAUUCUCUGUCUGUUACUGGCAUUCCUUCUGUGGAACUGGUGCUGACCCGUUUGGGUUCCCCACCCUCCAGAGAUCCUGGAAUGAGGGAACCCCCAUGGAGGCAGCCAGGAAGAGGCUCCAUGCUGCUUUUGAGUUCUUCACCAAAUUGGGUGUCAAGUACUACACAUUUCAUGACAGGGACAUGGCUCCAGAGGGCAGCAGCCUGGAGGAGUCCAACAGAAACCUGGAUGAGAUGACGGACCUAGCCUUGCAGCUUCAGAACAGGACCGGGGUCAAGGUCCUCUGGGUCACUUGUAACCUGUUUGCCCACCCAAGGUACAUGAAUGGUGCAGCCACCAACCCUGACAGUCAUGUGCUAGCCUACGCCGGGGCCCAGGUGAAGAAAGGACUGGAUGUAGCUAAGAAGCUGGGGGCAGAUAACUUUGUGUUCUGGGGAGGCCGGGAGGGCUUUCUGUCCAUACACAACACUGAUGUGGCAGCUGAACUCAAACACAUGGCCAAUUUCUUCAAAAUGGCUGUCAAGUACAAAGAAAAGAUUGGCUUGAAGUGUCAGUUUCUGAUUGAGCCCAAACCCAAAGAGCCCUGCAAACAUCAGUAUGACUAUGAUGCCAUGAGUGUCAUUGGCUUCCUGAAGCACUUUGGUUUGGACAGCCACUUUAAGCUAAACAUCGAGCCCAACCACACCACUCUUGCUGGCCACUCCUAUGAACACGAUGUUGUGAUGGCCUCCGUGUUUGGUAUGCUGGGUUCUGUUGACUCUAACACGGGUUCUCCUGACCUGGGCUGGGACACAGACCAGUUCCCCAUGGACAUCAGAAACACCACCAUGGUCAUGAAGACGGUUAUAGAGCAGGGUGGAUUGCAGCCUGGAGGACUGAACUUUGAUGCCAAGGUGCGUCGGGAAUCUACAGACCUGGAUGACCUGUUUAUCUCCCACAUUGGUGCGAUGGACGCCUUCGCCCGCGGCCUGAGGAACGCUGUCCGCAUCAUAGAGGAAGGAGUGGUCAACAACAUGGUCAAGGAACGCUACAUGAGCUUCAGUCAUGGGAUUGGUCAGAAGGUGGAGGACGGCAGCGCCUCAUUGGAGGAUUUGGAGGACUUUGUCAAGAAGAAUGGAGAGCCUAACGUCACGUCAGGGAAACAGGAGAAAUAUGAAACCAUCUUCAAUCACUACCUGUAAAUACAUCUAGUAUAGCUACUGGUUAUACAUGGGAAAACUUUUUUCCUCCCAAUGUUAGUCCAUCACUUUUAUAUUCUUAGUUGUUUCUAGAGACAUGUUGAUGGAAGCCUUUUGUAAACUCAUAAUGUAAUGACUACAUGAACAAAUAAUAAAUGUGCAAGUAAACAAAUACAU